AUGGACAAAUUCGUCAACAAGGAGUUCUACACAAUCGUAGCUGGAGCCUGUUUGCUAGCAGUCAAUGCAGGCUUUAUAAAUGUCGUGACAUUAGCAGGCAUCUUUUCCGUCACCGUAUCCCAUCUCACCGGAAACGUAUCUCGUAUCGCAAUCGCCCUAUACAAUCUCGAUCUCACGACUAUGGCGCUAGUCAUAUCCAUCAUCGUAUCCUUCAUGUUUGGCUCAUUCGUCGCUGGCUUUAUGAUUGGAGACACCAAAUUCCGUCUGGGACGAUCCUAUGGAUAUGCUCUGUUAAUCGAAUGUCUGAUGCUCUUCCUAAGCUUUCUCUUCUUGGGACAAGAACUGAUUCUGGGUGAAUGGUGUGCUGCCUUCGCCUGUGGGUUGCAGAAUGCUGUUGGAACGAGCUACUCUGGUGCCGUUAUAAGAACUACACACAUGACUGGGAUUAUAACAGAUAUUGGAAACAUUCUUGGUCAGGCUUGUCGAAUGGAUACUAAUGCUGAAGUCUGGAGACUCAAAGUCCAUAUACCUUUAUUGUUCUCGUAUCUCGUUGGUGGGAUAUUUGGUCAACUUGCAUACUCGGCACUGAAGGAACACUCGCUACUGAUCCCCUGCAUAUUCACUGGACUGAUUGGAUCUACAUAUCUGUGUCUGCCAUGGGUCAACGAAGCAGCCAAGAUACUAAAGGAAGCUACAAUCCAUACGCAAGGGCAAAUGCCAGCUGUCGAAGUACGAGUAAUUGGAGAUCCACGUGGUGGUGAUAAAUUCGCCAAAGUCUCUGGACGGAAUGUCGAUAUCGAGAUUAGAGAAUUCUUACAUGACAUUGACUCUGACGACGAGCACGAUGAAGCAGACUCCGUAUCAUUGAAAUCUCCAAGGAAUCCGCAAAUGAAUCAAAUACAAGAUGAAGAGAAAACUCAUUCGAUCAAGAUUAAUAGCAAUCCGGGAAGUGGCAAGAACUCGGCCAAGAGUUCCAGGAGAACGUCUGUUACCAGAGCUAGCGGUGGAGGCAAUGUAGAAAUCCUGUAUAGUCCCAAACAAUAA